AUGCAGGAGGGCGAUCACAGUGGCCGCUUCGUUCCUCCAGCCCACUCACCUCAGGAUAUGCAUCAGCCAUCUCCAUCUCCCUACCCUUAUUUCGGUGCCUACCAGCCACCUCCACAGUCCAUGCGCGCUGGUAGCGUGCCUCUAAACAUCAGCUCUACCCCAUCUUCUAGAGGAGAAACACCAUACCAUACUAGUUCCAGUCAUCGUUCUUUCACAGGAGGCUCAGGAAGCGAGGCAUCUUCGCGGGCAUCUUCUGCUGUUCCCGGAAGCGAAGCGACGACUAUCAAGCUAUGA